GGGAAUCGGAGCCAUGAACUGCCUGAUGAUGCCGGGAGUGCAACCAGGGUCGCCCCGCAAGGCCCGCGGCCAGAUCCAGGUCAUCUUUGGACCCAUGUUUUCUGGGAAAAGUACUGAACUCAUGCGCCGAGUCCGUCGGUUCCAGAUUGCACAGUACAAAUGUCUGCUGAUCAAGUACGCCAAGGACACACGCUACUGCGACAAUGGAGUCUCCACUCAUGACAGGAACACCAUGGAGGCCCUAACAGCUUGUUGCCUCAAGGACGUGCAUCAAGAGGCCCUCGGCUCUGCUGUUAUUGGCAUUGAUGAAGGCCAGUUUUUUCCAGAUGUUGUUGAGUUCUGUGAGGCAAUGGCCAACGCGGGGAAGACUGUCAUUGUGGCAGCCCUUGAUGGGACUUUUCAAAGGAAGGCUUUUGGGAACAUCUUGCAGCUGGUCCCUUUGGCAGAGAGUGUGGUGAAACUAAAUGCGGUCUGUAUGGAGUGUUAUCGUGAGGCCUCUUAUACAAAGCGGCUGGGAGCAGAGAAGGAGGUGGAAGUGAUAGGAGGGGCAGACAAGUAUCAUUCAGUCUGCCGCGUCUGCUACUUCAAGAAACGACUCCCGCAGCCAGCAGCUGAGAACAAAGAAAACCUUCCAGGUGGGAAUAAUCAGCUGGAUCUUGCUGCUUCCCGGAAAGUCUUAGCUGCUCGUCAGAUCAUGCAGUGGAGCCCAUCAAACUGAGUAAGGGAAACUUGAGACCGUUUGUUGGAAGGACAGACAGUCCCGUCCUUCAUUCUAGCUCUGUACUGUUAAAGCUGCCUUGCCUCAAAGCAUAAUACCAGCGAUGGCACCAGAAACAGAACUGCUUUUACAAGUGAGAGCUGAGGCUGCAGCAUGUUGCAAGACGUUAUGGCCUGAGAUGUUCCGUGCUAAAAACUGCAAAACUAACCUAUUGGUGCCUUGGUCUUGUUUGGGAAGUUUUCCUGAUGUCGCUGCCUGGCUGAAUUGGCGCUUCCUCUUGCACAAACCUUCCCUACAAAGUUACUUCAGAGUCUAACUGCCACAACAAUUUGGGGUAGCCUAUGCUUACUAGCAGAAUGUUUUGUAGUGGAGCCAGAAUAUUUUACCCCAACCCCUUGGCGUCUUUUUCCAGCAAGCACCAGUGUUCUUGUUGAGCAGUUUAGCAUUGGGGGGUGGGGGGAGUUUUCAGUCUUAGCCCGUGACCAACAUGGUGUAUGUUACUUGCCAAUUGAGCUUGAUGGUGAACUCUAAAGAUUGACUAGAUAACUGAAAACAAAAUGCAUCUCACCAAGUUCUCUGUGCAUCUCAUUAUGAUUCAAUCAAAAUGCUAUGCAACUUUGGCUUUAAAAUUCUGUUAUUUCAUGUCAGGCCUUUACUUUCCUAAUUUAUUCAGAGUGACUGAUGCUGUCAUGUUUCGUGUUUACAAAAGUAAUGUUUAUUAGGAGUGUACUUGUAGUAUAACGCCUGACAGAUUAACUUACUGCUAGCUGCUCUGUAUGAUGAAAGUCUGCAUUUGACUCUGCAAAUCCCUUACACUUCUGCACUUAAACACGCCCUAAAACUGCUCUGCCCCUUUCUUAGGGCACAAAGAUGUACUAUUUUCUUUCCUAUAGUGGUAAUUAAAAGGAAGGGGGUGGUUUUAAUCAAUAAUGCUGUCCUAAUAAAUAAUUUUAUAAGCA